CUGUUAAAGGAUGUGACAAAAGCAAACAAAAGCCAGAUUGAACAAUAGAAGAAGAGGCAAAUGGAAUGAUUGAGUUCUCUAAGCCAUGCUUUUGCUACUUAACCUACCAAUUCUGUAGCAUUUGCAAAGCAGAAGCAGCCAAAAGUCUUCUUUUUAAGGUCAGAUUGCCAGAUCAUGAGAUCUAAUGAUCGUGAUAGAUAGAUAGAUAGAUAGAUAGAUAAGACCUUUCAGCAAUAAUAAACACGAGUGACUGAUUCAAGUUCAGCUUUUAGGUGGUGGUUCGUUUCAACACACAGCUGUGCGUGCAUACAUCCUCAGGUCAUAUUAUUUUUACGUAAAACUACUAAAAAAAAUGGCUACAUUUGGGGAUGAAUUAUUGCCCACAAGUGGGAGUCAAACGUCCAAUGUCAUCCUCCAUCCUUAUCCUUUCUAGGAAUCAAAAGGCCAGUUGACUAAAAGUUUUAGUCAAAUCGUCAAUGGUCAACCCCGGAUUAUGAUCUCCCAUCUUAUCACGCAUGACCCACAAUCGCCGGUCAACUUUAUCCUCCUGCGAACGCUCGUUACUUCCCCACCAUCAGCUUCACCAACAUCCCCGAGGUAAUUGAUCUCUCGUUACGCUGAUGCGGACUUUGAGAACCAGGCGACGAUUGCAGCGGGUGCCGCAGCCGCUACGAGGUUGACCAGCCAUGCGUGCCUGAUACACGAGUGAGAAAGGUGUCGGGAGAUGCAUCGCAUCGAGACCCGGCAAUAAUAUAUAGACGACUUGGGUGGGGUGGUGACGUUGAGAAUUGGCCCUCACCGGUCAAUCCCGAGAAAGAGAUAAUUACUUGGACUUUUUGGAGCCGAAGGGAAGAAUAUGAUUCAUUGUUGCAGCAAUGGGUCUGAUACUGUUGGGUGAAACUUGGGUGGUGAUGUUGCAUUGAUUCACCUGCCUCCGAUUUCUCAAAGGAUGAUGGGUAACUGCCUUGAAGACUUUUCAUGCUGACUUAAAUGGGGAGUGUGGACCUUUGAUCCCACGUCCGACCACAUAACUUUGGACUCAUUAAAGCUGUAAUGACAUGUUCCAACCUUCAGCUUUUACUGUCCACAAUAAAUCUCCUCUUCCCCUUCUCAUCUCUUCCGCGGCAGAACCUCCUCCCCCCCAACAUGGAGGUAGAGGAAUGUGACACCAGUCUCACCCUCUCCGUAGGUGGAGAUUGUGCUGGUGGCCUGGUUUCCACUCAAUUCCAUGCCUUGUUCCCUUUCCACCACCACCACCACCACCAGCAGCAGGAAGAAGAAGAAGAAGAAGACUGUAGCAGGAAGACCAUCAUAGCAGGUGGCACGAGGAAGAAGCUAAGGCUCAGCCAGGAACAGCAAGCAUUGCUGGAAGACAGCUUCAGAGAGCACACCUUUCUUGCUCCGAAACUGAAGCAGGAGUUGGCCAGCCGGCUAAACAUACAGCAACGGCAAGUGGAGGUCUGGUUCCAGAACAGGAAAGCGAGGAACAAGUUGAAGCAGACGGAGGCGGAGCUGGAGACCCUCAAGAAGUACCGUGAGAGGCUGAGCGAGGAGAACCGGAGACUGAAGAGGGAGGUGGAGGAGCUGCGGAGCACGAGAAGGCUCGGAUCGCCGGAGCCGAUGGCGACCACGCUGACCAUCUGCCCGGCCUGCUUGAGGAAGACCAGCUGCCGAGCGCGACCCCAACGCCAAGGAGGGACGAACGGAGUCUCCACGUAGUGAGCUGGUCAGCUCUGUACAACGUAGAAACAAAAAAGGAAGGAAAUGUUAGCGUAGUAUAAGAUAAAUGGAAAUCUCUCUUUAGCACUA